CUCUCCCUUUUUGGCGCCGUCCUCGCCGUGUGGAGGCCGCGCGGUUGGGGGGCUGCGGGCCGAGCCGCCUCAACAUGCCCGGAAAACUGCGCGAGGAGUCGGACGUGGCCCCGAAGAAGAAGAACAAGAUGAAGAGUGAUAAAAACAAAACUACUUCCCCAGAAAUUGCCAAGAAGAAAUCUGAUGCAGUUGAGAAUGAACGGUUGGAUGAAGACAGUUCCCCGAACCCCAAAAAGUUAAAACUGAAAACGAAUCUAAAUGGGCAGGCUGAAAAGCAGAAUGGUAUUUUAGAUGAAAUUAAUCCCUCAAAAUCCAAAACGGCCAAAAAAAAAGCAAAUGGGCUGGCUAAAGAGCAGAAUGGGAUUUUAGACGAAGGUAACCCCCAGAAAUCCAAAACAUCCAAAAAGAAAGCAAAUGGGCAGGCUAAAGAGCAGAAUGGGAUUUUAGAUGAACUUAGCCCCCCCAAACCCAAGAAAGCGAAAAAGGAGGAAAAGCUAAAUGAAAUGGUUGGAGAGGCAGAUGAGCUUCGGAUUUCCUCCAAGCCCACAAAAGGGAAAAAGAGCAAGCUGCCAAAUGGAAGCAUUAACGAGGCGAGGGAAAAACCUAAGAAUGAUUCAUCCCUGGUCAAUGGAUUUUCAUCCCCAGCCUCAACGGACAGCGAGCCAGAGCAGGCCCUAACGCCCGAACAGAAAGACGGCGCCUUCUCUAACUUCCCCAUCUCGAAGGGGACCGUACAGCUUCUGAAAGAUCGAGGGGUGACCUACCUGUUUCCCAUACAAGUCAAGACGUUUCAUCACGUGUACGAAGGCCGAGACGUGGUUGCUCAGGCCAGGACGGGAACUGGAAAGACCUUCUCCUUCGCUAUCCCCUUGACGGAGAAGCUUCAGAGGACGCGAGAGGAACAGAAGCGAGGCUAUCCCCCCAAGGUACUUGUGUUGGCUCCAACCAGAGAACUUGCAAACCAGGUCGCCAAGGACUUCAAAGACAUCACCAAAACCCUCACGGUGGCUUGCUUUUACGGUGGCACACCCUAUAAUGGCCAGAUCGACCUCAUCCGAAAGGGAAUCGACAUUUUGGUGGGGACCCCGGGCCGUAUUAAAGACCUUCUGGAGAGUGGCCGGUUAGAUCUUACUAAACUGCGACAUGUCGUGCUCGAUGAAGUCGAUCAGAUGUUAGACAUGGGCUUUGCUGAGGAUGUGGAAAGUAUCAUAAGUGGAGCGUAUAAUAGAGAGUCAGAAGACAAUCCUCAGACCCUGCUGUUUUCUGCAACUUGUCCACAGUGGGUGUACAAAGUGGCAAAGAAAUACAUGAAAGCCAAAUACGAACAGGUAGACCUCAUCGGAAGGUUGACCCAAAAGACCGCAACCACCGUGGAGCAUUUGGCUAUCCAGUGUCGAGGGAACCACAGAGCUGCUGUGAUUGGAGACGUCAUCCAGGUCUACAGUGGAAAUCAAGGGCGGGCCAUUGUCUUUUGUGAGACAAAGAAAGAUGCAUCAGAAAUGGCCUUGAAUUCUAACAUAAAACAGGAAGCCCAGGCUCUACAUGGCGACAUUGCACAGGCCCAAAGGGAAAUUACACUGAAGGGCUUUAGAAACGGGGUCUUUAAAGUUCUGGUGGCAACCAACGUGGCUGCUCGUGGUUUGGAUAUUCCAGAGGUCGAUCUGGUGAUACAGAGUUCACCUCCACAGGACGUCGAGUCUUACAUCCAUCGUUCCGGACGCACCGGUCGAGCUGGGCGUACGGGGAUCUGCAUUUGCUUUUUUCAGCCAAAGGAGAGAGGUCAGCUAAGAUACGUGGAGCAGAAAUCGGGGAUUACCUUUAAACACGUAGAUAUUCCAUCUGUAGUAGAUGUAAUUCAAGCCUCCAGCAAAGAUGCUAUCAGCUCCCUGGCUUCUGUGCCCGAGGAAGCCCUCGAAAAGUUCCGCUCGUACGCCAAGACGCUGAUCGAGGAGAAGGGGGCGGUGGAGGCGUUGGCCGCGGCUUUAGCCCACAUCGCGGGUGCCUCCAGCUUCCAGCAGCGUUCCCUCAUCAGUUCCGACAAGGGAUUUGUGACUAUGGCCUUGGAAUGUUCCGAAGAGUUGAAGCAUCCUAACGCUGCCCAGACGGAACUCAGAGCCAAGCUGCCUGCUGACCUUGCGGCCCAAGUAACCAGAAUGUGCCUUCUGAAAGGGAAAAAAGGUGUCUGCUUUGACGUUCCCAGCGCCCAGGCGGAGCAGAUAAAGGCGGAGUGGAAAGAUUCAGCCAAAUGGAAGCUGUCACUGCCCCAGAAAUUACCCGAGCUGGAGAGAGACUACAACGACGGAGGCAGAGCCUCCAACUUCAGGCAGAGAGGUCAGCACGGCAACCGGCCGGGCUUCUCCCGUGGCCACCGGCCGGGCAACCAGGCGGGGAGUCGGCAGAGAGGCGGCUUCAACAGAGGGGGUAAUAGGAACGGAUUCCAAAACCGGGGCCAGAAGAGGAAUUUUCAGCAAGCAUUUGAUUGACACCGCGGCUGAGGUCUGGGGUGAAGCCGCCAAGAGAGGUCAUCUCGGCGGGUUCGGUCGGCAAAACCGCAGGUGAAUGGCUGUAAGGGAAUUCACUGAAUGAUACCGUCUCCGUAAAGAGUUUCAUCCGCAUCGCUGGCAAUAUAUAAAGCUGCAUCCGGAGAAUCGA